CCGAAUUUCAAUUGGAUCUCAAGCCUGCAAUUCCUAAACUUGUUGCACUCUUCGCCGAUCCCGCCAUGAAUAUUCGUUGGGGAGCACAAAAUGCGAUAUUGAGCUCUGCAGUACAAACUCCACUGCAGUACGAUAUCAAGGCUACGAUGCCUAAUAUCAUCCAGUUGUUCUCUCAUGGCUCUGAUCCAAUUCGAAAGGACGCAGUAUGGGCUAUAUCGAGAUUCGUGAUCUUGGGUGAUUUUCAGUCGGAGAUCAAAGACAUCAUCCCAAAGGUCAUCGAGAUGCGUGCUGAUAAUUUUGAAUGGAAACCCAGUUAUCUGACCAAUGAGGAAGCUGGACUACACUCUGAGGUGAAGGCUUCGACACCAAAAGUCAUGGAGCUCCUUACGGACGGGGCCGAGUGGAUUCAAAGAGCUACAUUGAAAGUGAUAUGGCGCUUCUCAGAACAAGGUCAAGGGGUUGCUACCAAGGAUAACACAGCUAUUUGUGGACAAAUCAGAGUCAGUUUCGAAAGAUGCGAGCCCAUCGAAGCCGAGUUUCGACCCGAGAUCAAGACAGAAAUACCAAAGAUGGCCCUAUUGUUCGCUCACAGAUCCGAAAAUACUCAGGUCGCGGCAUUACGUGCCAUAAGAGGCUUAGCUGCCCAGAUCGAGUAUCAACCAGAUAUUUCCAAUACGAUUCCACGCGCUCUGGUCCUCCUCAAUCACAGGUCUGAAACCAUUCGAGGAGUGACAUUGGACAUGUUGGCCGAAUUUGCAACCCAAGAGGUCGCGCCAGCAAUACCGCGAGUCAUCGAACUACUUUCCGACGGCUCUAAAUGG